GAAUAACCAACGUCCCUAUGGAUACGAAACGCACGAGCACGGCUACUCGGCAUAGUAUUAUUCAGGAGUCGGAGGUGUCGACGAUUUCUGAUCCGAGCGGCUCGUCUCGCGUUCAUUUUCUUUCUUUUUUUAUUUUCUUUUUUUUUUUUUGUCGAACCUUCGGACUUUAAAGUGCCGUUAAUCAAUUAAUUACGCGGUCGCCUGCGCUCGAGCGAGGAUAAACGCGCAAUGGGAUAGAGAAGCGGAAGCGGUACCGCAAGGUGGAGGGAAAAACGUGAAAGCGGAAAGUAAUUCGACGGUUACACGGUUGAUAUAUAGCGCCGUCAUAUAUAAUUUCGGAUGUUGCAUUAGCGGCUGAAACGACUGUUCAUUCACUGAACUCGCAAACCUUGAGGUAUCUCAUAAAGAAUGUUAUUUUGUAGAUAUAAUUCACGUAAAUAUUUGUUUUCGAAUAUUUUCAUGAUUAUUUUGCACGCGUCACGUUCUAUAUGUUCUGUAUUUAUCUGCACAAUAUUUCCAAUUUUGUAGUUUCUAGCUUAGCUGCUAGACAAUUUCUUUUUAUAUAUUUGUGUUUAUCUGUGAAAUUUAUACGACGAUUCGUCAAUUAAAAAGUAAAAAAAUUAAACUACUCUCCGUCUGCUUUUUUGUACUGUGAUUAUAACUGAUUAAAUGUAAAUCUAGAAAAUUAUUUUACUUAACUCUUCAAGCAGUGCUAACUUGUGAUAUUUAAAUCGUUUUUGCAACAUAAAUCAUCGUGCGAAGCAAUUUUUGCCCAUAAUAUUGAGAAGCGAAUCCCAUUGGCUUUAAUUUCUGCCAGACCAGAUUAUCGUGCACGCUCCGAAGUAAUGUCGAGUCGAGUACGUUACAUGCUAUCACUAUCUACUCCCUCCCUUCCUGGUGUACUCGCACGAGUGAGGAAGCUCGUGCUCGCGGUAGUCACUCACGUGUAUUGACUGUCCGUAUAUAUAUACCUGGCUAACGCCAAGGAACUUGCCCAGUCGUGUGCGGUCUGUCACCGUUUCACGUUUAAUUUCGACUCGUUACUCCUCGCGUUAUUGCCACCCCUUCGUUUCCCUCGGUGGCAGACAGUGGAAAAAAAAGGAGCCCAGCACCAUCGACGACAAAAUCGGGACGACCAAUUAUUUACUCAUCGUCCCGCGUUCAUCGACCACUCAUCACAGACGGAUAGAAGUCAUCAAUCUUCCGGAUGAUUACGAACACUGAUAAAUCCGUCGUCGUGAGAAUAAACCCCGAGACCGCACGACUGCGGAAACGUCAGCGAUAAUUUCCGAUGGAAUCCAAGGACAGCAUUCACAGAUGAGUUACUAAGAGUUCAAUUUACUCUCGAAAGCAAUUUAUUGCGCGAAAUUCUCUUCAUGGUGGAGCCACGCACGAGUUUCCAUCGUCAUCGAAGUGAAACCCAUCUGAUCGUCCCCUCGCAGCGCGAGCGCGCGAUCCUCGAAUUACUUUCAGUCUCGGCGAGAAAUCCGCGCGAUGUAGAUUCGUGACAAGGCACAAUGAUCACCGUUUAAUUGCCUUAGGAGAUAAUCGCUCGGUCAUUGUCUCUUUGCGCAACUACAGAUUGCAGGAUCUGUCGGGAUUUGUUUCGGAUUUUUAUCUGGGGGUUUGUGAAUCACAUCUGGAUGGCUUUAAUGAUCCAUCAAUAAAUCAUUAUCUCGUCGUAUUAUAAAUGUAGCCUUUGUGAAAAAGAAUAAGGCAGAAGAGUACGAGAUCACGGAUAUAGAACUUACAGUUCCCGCUCUCGAUCGGAAUUUCACGUGAGCGCUUCGUGCUUCCAUGAAAAGGGGGAAGCCAGAGAGAGACGGAGAGAACAUAGAGACCAAAUUGGGUAUAUAGACGGGAGUUUAAAUCAAAAUACAAAAGUAAAACGUCAAGUUGAACGAGAGAAUCGAUAUUUCCAUCCGAGCCGAGUGACAAUGGUCCGAAGGAUUCGGUGAUAACUCCAACGUCGUACGAGAAAGAAAUAAACGUCCUUCGUAAAUCAAGCAUCUGCAUUUGUCCAAGUCUUCCAUACGUAUAAGAGAUCGCCAUGGGUCGAGCGGAGAAAGAGCUGUCGGGCAAUCCUAUGACGGAAUUUAGUAGCAGUACGAAGAUAGCACCGAAUAUCGGCGAAUAUAAAGAAAAGGAUGAAUUAUACGAUCCUUUCGAGCAUCGUGAUAAGCGCAAUGCGACCUCGGAUCUGGGCGCCUUGGCGCAUCUCCUGAAAUCCUCUCUGGGGACGGGAAUUCUGGCUAUGCCGCACGCGAUAAAGAACGGCGGGUUAGUGUUCGGCGGAAUCGGCACGAUCAUAAUCGGCAUGAUUUGCUCCCAUUGCGUACACAUACUGGUGCGUACGUCUCACGUGCUCUGCCGGCGCACCAAGACGCCGCAGAUGUCGUACGCCGACACAGCGUACGCGGCCUUCCUUUGUGGACCGAAGCCCGUCAGGCCUUGGGCCAACAGCAGCAAGAUAUUCGUGAACACGGCGUUAUGCGCGACAUACGUGGGCGGCUCGUGUGUUUACGUCGUGUUUGUUUCUAAGUCCCUGCAGCAGAUCGCUGAAUACAACAGCGGGAGGCCCAUAAACAUGCAAUUAUUCAUUUUUUCGCUAAUCCCGGCACUGGUGUUACUCGGUCAGGUGCGCGAUUUGAAAUACAUGGUGCCGUUCUCGAUGCUGGCGAACACCUUCAUGAUGACCGGCUUCGCGAUCACGCUCUACUACAUCUUCAGCAAUAGCGACCUGCAAUCGUUCAAGAACGACAAGCUGUUCGCCUCGGUGGAGCAGCUGCCCCGUUUCUUCGCGACUGUGAUAUUCGCCAUCGAAGGUAUCGGCGUUGUGAUGCCGGUGGCGAACAACAUGAAGCAACCGCACCACUUCCUGGGGUGUCCUAGCGUACUCAACGUCACGAUGACGAUAGUCGUGAGCCUAUACGCCAUGAUGGGGGUGUUUGGUUACCUCGCGUACGGCGAGGAUUCAAAAGCCAGCAUCACGUUGAAUUUGCCAACAGAGCAAGUUCUGGCCCAAGUGGUGAAGGUCCUCAUUGCCGCGGCCGUUCUCUUCACUUACGGCCUACAGCUCUUCGUGCCGCUCGAUAUUAUAUGGAAUUCCAUGAAGCACUUGUUUAGCCAUAAGUACGCGGCCAUUGGCGAGACGGUGAUGAGGAUAUGCAUCGUUAUGCUAACAGUGGUCAUGGCGCUGUUAGUGCCCGAAUUGGAUCCAUUCAUUUCUCUAGUCGGUGCAAUAUUCUUUUCUAUCCUCGGCAUCAGCAUCCCAGCCGUCAUCGAGACGAUCUCGUGCUGGGAAAGCCAUUUGGGCGUCUUCAAGUGGCGGUUAUGGAAGAACUCUUUGCUACUUAUAUUCUCGCUAUUAGCGUUAGCAUUCGGUUCAUGGAUCUCAGUGCUAGAUAUAAUCGAGCUUUAUAAAAAGUAAAUGUAAAUUUUAAUAUUUUAUUUAGCGUUUUAUUUCAAUUUCUUAUACAAAUGGAACUCCAGUGUCGACAAGAAACGCAACGAGGUUUUUUUAUAACGAAACAACUAAUUAGCGCGAUACGCUUUUACACAUUCUCGUUAUUUGCGUUUGUAUUUGACUCGUGGAUCUCAGUGUUAGAUAUAAUGAAUUAUUAUAGUUGAUAAUAAAUUUUACUGAGUUUACUGUUUUA